AUAAACGGACCAUUUCGAAUAAUGGAUAAAUAUUUUCCUCCAAAUAAGACAAAGAGUAUUUUCACUACCAAGUGUUGCUAAUCGGACGGUGGACAGUGAACGUUGGACGGUGGUGAUUCAACUUCUUGCAGUUCAUUUACCUUAAUUACUAUCUUUUUUGUGUGUUUUGUUUGGGAAGGUUUCGUUAAGGGUCACAACAUGUUUGAUGAAAUGCCUAGCUGAGACUUUAAUUGCAGAAUUUUUCUUGCAAUUUCUUCUUAGUUCCCACAAGAUUCGAAGGAGCAUCAGCAGCCUUUUAUUUCUUUUUACCCUCUGUGGUUGCUCAAUCAAGGAAGUUUAUAUCCCGUACUCAUCUUGGUCCUUGCAUUCACUUGAAGAUGUCUUUGCGUAGACCUCCACUUCCUCGACUUCUGCUUAACAAUGUGUCUUGCAUGAGAAAUGCUCAACAAAUUUUGCGGCACGUAAAUGUUUCCCUCCAUGAUGGUGGUGCACUUGUAUUAACAGGCACUAAUGGCUCUGGUAAAUCCACAUUCUUGCGAAUGUUAGCAGGUUUCUCGAAACCAUCAGCUGGUGAGAUACUCUGGAAUGGUCAUGACAUAACUGAUUCAGGUGUUUUUCAACAGUACAAACUUCAACUCAAUUGGCUCUCCCUUAAGGACGCUAUCAAAGAGAAGUUCACAGUCCUUGACAAUGUUCAAUGGUUCGAAGUUCUUGAAGGCAAGGAAGGUAGGUCUCUGCCAGCUUUGGAGCUUAUGGGGCUUGGAAGAUUAGUAAACGAUAAAGCACGAAUGCUCUCUAUGGGUCAGAGGAAAAGGGUACAGCUGGCCAGAUUGUUGGCGAUUGAUCGGCCUAUUUGGCUGCUCGAUGAACCUUCAGUAGCAUUGGAUGACGAAGGUGUGAAAUUGCUCGAGUAUAUUAUCGCUGAGCACAGGAAAAAGGGUGGUAUCGUCAUUGUUGCCACCCAUCUGCCGAUCGAGAUUGAGGAUGCCAUGUUUCUAAGGCUGCCACCACGGUUCCCAAGAAGGAUGACAUUGGUAGACAUGCUCGAUCGAGGUGGCCUCGACUGAUUCUUUAAAGAAGAUAGAGUCCAAAUUUAAAGAAAACUGUGCAAUAAAUUCAAAAGGGUGUGUAUGUGCCAAAUUUUCUUGUAGCGGCAUCAAAGUUUGCACUUUUGUUUCAUUCUUGAUGGUUGCAAGAAUUUCUCUAGGAUUUAUAUAUUUAAAUGUUUAGUAUUAGCUUCA